UCAUUCUUUCUCAGCCUCCCCAGUAGGACUUUGCUGUUUUUCCUGCAGAAAAAGAGAGAUGGAUAUCCAGCUGGUCAAUUCCAUGGACUUUGGGGAGUUUGUUGAUGUUUUAGGGAAUAUUAUAGAGAAAUGCCCCCUGAUUGCAGCAGCCAUCUGGUCCCAUCGCCCGUUCAUGAACUUGGCUGAUUUAGAGAAGCAUGUGUUUGAUUUUAUAGACGCCCUUCCACAAUCAGGGAAAGAAGGGAUCCUGAGGUGUCACCCAGACUUAGCUGGCCGGGAGUUGCAGCAGGGAACGCUGACCCCAGAGUCCCAGCGGGAGCAGAGAGGGGCAGGACUAAGUAACCUGGGCCCGGAGGAAAGACGCCGGCUGGGCCAGCUCAACUGCGAGUACAAGGCGCGCUUUGGUUUCCCCUUCGUGAUCGCGGCGCGGCUCAGCGACAAGGCGACUGUGAUGAGGGAGCUAGAGCGCAGGCUGCACAAUCAGCCUGCCCAGGAGCUGCGUGCUGCAUUGGAGGAGAUGCGCAAGAUUUGCCACCUCCGCUUGGAAGACAUCCUGCGGUCCGGAGAGGACCCCGCCAAAUUAUAGAACCCUAAAGGGGCGGGAAUAGGAGGCAGUGGAGGGGGGUGUCAGUGCGAGGAGGGCAAUGGAGGAGUCUAACUUCAAGCUAGAAAAUAACAACUCUCUUCAUCAGAAUGGCGUGCCUUGCCUAAGUGUCUAUCCAAAAACAGGAUGUGAACUCGCAGGUGGUGAAAAUGUGCGCAAGCAUGGAUUGAAUUGGGCAAUCGGGGGAACUAGCCAGACACAUCCAGCACUUUAAUUCAAUGGGUUACCAUAGUUUGAAAUUUAGGUGAGCUUUGCACGGAAUUAACCAGUUUAUUAAUAAUGCGUGGAAACAAGAGGCAGCAUGAUUUUAGUAGAGAGCUGUCUUCAGAGUCAAGAAGCCCUCAUCUGAACUCUCAAACAUCUUUAUUUAAUAUACAUGCCUGACUGUGUGACCUUGGGUAACUCACGAAACCUCUUUAUAAGACUAUAAAUUUCAGUGGUGGCUGAUCUUCGUUGAUAGACAAAUUUCUCUCACUGGAAGUUCUCUACAUUAAUGUCUGAACAGUUUCUAAAAGUGCCAUAAAUGCUUAUAUAGUUCCUUUAAGAAAAACCAUGCAAGGUAGGUGGUAGAUAUUUGUUACUUUUUUUUUUUUUUUUAAAGCAGAUGAGCAUGCUGAGGGUUGGUGAAUUUGAGCCACACGGUUAGUAAAUAAGAGGGUUAGUAAAUAAGGCAGGGGACACAGCUACUACCCAGCGGUCUCAAUUCUCUUUCACUUUGAGCUUGUUGAUACCAGACCCUACAAAUGAAGCUUUUACCUCAUGAUGUAUUUACUAAUCUGCUCCCAGUAAUCCUGGAGCAAAAAUGAGACUUGAAGUGGGAGGAGUGUCUUUUAUAUAUAUAUAUACUCUUGUUCAUUUGUGUUUUUUUUUCCUUCUCAAACUUGCUAUACACAUUAGGUUUUUGAAUUUUUGGGGAAAUGUUGCUCUCCCCUUAGGCAUCCAAGAACACCUGCUUUAACAGAAAAGAGCUUGUUCAUGGAUGGUAAGAGACUAUUUUAGAGAGUAGAGGAAUAAUAAUGAGAGACCUGGUGGAAGAAAUAGCUCCCCUGAAGAUGUGCGGGUUGGGUGGGGGACUCCUGGGAGAACUGCAGAAAGCCUUUCUUUGGGCUUAGUAGUUUUAGCGAGGCUUCUCUUGAAGAAUAGCUAAUAGUUCAAGACUUUGGUGGAUCUUGGAUGGCUGAGUUGUAUGGUUUCUGUAUAUCCGAAUAAGGAACCAACUGUUUCUAAGCCAUUGUUCAAGGACUGGUAUCAUAGCAGACUAUUGAAACUUUCUUCUGCUGUCCUCUAAAACAUCAAAUGAAAUCAAUCAUUCGAUGAUUUUUAUUAAGUUUACAAGAUAGUGAGCUAAGCUUUGUUGGAAUAUAUUUUAAAAAUCUGUUCAAAGUCAUAAAGCUAAGAACUUCAAGGAUUUUACAAUCUAUAUAAUAUAGAAAAAGUGUUUUCCAGAAAAGUAUUUAUUGGCAGACUAAGUGACUCUCCAGCAGCCCCUAAAUUAAUCAUUUUCAGACACUGAUUGCUAUCUGGGGAUUUGCUGGAUCUAGAACUGGAAUAAGAAGAACUCAUUAAACCUGAAUAAUUAAUAUGUUAUCCAAAA